AUGCGAGCAUGGCGGACCGCGUCACGAAGCUGGUUACACGGUAGGCAGGUCAACAGUCGCCCCUUUUCGGGCUCGUCUAUCUACAACCAACGACGAGACGUCGCGGACAUCUUAAAGAAUGGCAAGAAUGGGGACACGGUGUCGGCGACGGGUUGGGUGAGGUCGGUACGAAAGCAGAAACGCAUCGCCUUUGCUGCUGUUGGCGAUGGCUCAACCACAGAAGCACUGCAGGCAGUACUAAAACCAGAAGACGCAGCUGAGCUCUCACAUGGUACAGCGGUAGAGCUGAAGGGAGAAUGGAAGGCGUCAGUUGGCUCGAAACAAAGCCAUGAACUGCAGGUCUCUUCGCUCGAUGUACUCGGAAAGAACGACGCAGAAAGCAAUCCUUUACAACCAAAGUAUCAGACGCCGGAGUACUUGCGAAGCAUUCCUCACCUACGGCCACGAAUCGCCACAAACGCUCUGCUACUGCGACUGAGAUCGAAACUCAUUGCCAGUCUGACCAACUUCUUCGACAAGCAGAACUUUGUGCAAUGCCAUACUCCAAUCAUCACCUCGUCGGAUUGCGAAGGGGCUGGAGAAGUUUUCACCGUCUCAGCGAACGCAUCAAAGGACCAGCCUGUAUCGAAGCUGGACUCUCCCGUUGAGCACUUCUUUCGAACGCCCAAGUAUCUUACAGUGUCCGCUCAGCUGCAUCUUGAAGCACUUGCCCAAGCCGUCAGCAAAGUCUGGACACUUUCUCCAACUUUCCGCGCAGAGCAAAGCGACACCCCUCGGCAUCUAAGCGAGUUCUACAUGCUUGAGGCUGAGAUCUGCUUCACAUCCGACCUGAGCGACAUCAUGGACGUGGUCGAGAACAUGCUGCGAUCUAGUGUCACAUCUUUGCAGAGCGCGGCGGUAUGGACAGAGCUUCUCAACGUGAAGCAAACGGCACCCGAUGACGACAAUGAGGAUGGCAAGUUUGUCACGGCAGACGUACUUCAGCAGCGCUGGGAUGGUAUGGCGGCACUGAAUUGGCCGCGGAUUACGUACGCAGAAGCGAUCGAUAUGCUGGAAGAUGCAAAGACGACCGCCAACGGAAGCUUCACUUUCGAGCCAUCAUAUAGGAACGGACUUCAAGCCGAGCACGAGCGCUACAUCGCCACCAGCGUCGGCAAAGGCAGGCCAGUCUUCGUGACCGACUACCCUCGCGUGCAGAAGCCAUUCUACAUGCCACCAUCAGUAUCGACAAGCAACAGCAAAGGUUCGCCAGAUACGGUCGCGUGCUUCGAUCUGCUCGUACCAGAUCUAUGCGAGUUAGCUGGUGGAUCAAUACGUGAGCAUGGCUCGAAAGAGCUGCUCGAGGCGAUGCGACAGAAGGGCGUCGUAGGCAAGGAUCUGGAAUGGUAUCAAGAUCUGCGGAAGUAUAGCAGCGUGCCCCAUGGUGGCUUUGGGCUGGGGUUCGAUAGGUUGAUCUGCUAUCUUGCCGGCGUCGCGAACGUGAGAGACGUUGUGGCGUUUCCGAGGUGGUUUGGCAGGGCGGAUUGCUAG